AUGGCUGUCGACACGGACACAGAUGCCGAAAAACACCUCAAGCCGCCGUCGGCAGGGUCUCCCUCGUCGUCGUCGGAUCAACUGCCACCCGGCCCCGAACUCGGCCCCGCCACCACCGCGGUUUCGCCUCCCCCGGACGGCGGGUUUCGGGCGUGGUGCGCGGUGCUGGGCGCGUGGUGCUGCCUGUUCUGCAGCUUCGGGUGGAUCAACUGCAUCGGCAUCUUCGAGGCCCAAUACCAGCAGAACCAGCUGAGCGCCUACCCACCCGGCGUCGUCGCCUGGAUCCCGUCCAUCGAGGUCUUCGUCAUGUACCUGACCAUGCCCGUCCACGGCAAGCUCUACGACAACUACGGCCCCAAGCCCCUGCUCUACGCCGGCACCCUGUUUCACGUCUUCGGCCUCAUGAUGGCCUCGCUGUCCACCGAGUACUACCAGAUCCUGCUGUCCCAGUCCAUCUGCAGCGCCAUCGGCGCCGCCGCCGUCUUUUCCGCUGCCAUGGGCGCCGUCGGCGGCUGGUUCCUCCACCGCCGCGCCCUGGCCCUCGGGAUCGUCGCCUCGGGCUCGUCUCUGAGUGCCUGCAUCCUGCCAAUCAUGGUGACGCGCCUCGGCCCUUUGGUGGGCUUUGCGUGGGCGCUGCGCAUCUGCGCCUUCAUGUUCCUGUUUCUGCUCAUCAUCGCCUGUCUCGUCCUCGAAUCGCGCCACCCGCCCAAGCCCACCCCUUGGGAGCUGAUGGCCUUUUUCCGGCCGCUAGGCGAGAAAGCCUUUCUGCUCAACGCCGUCGGCCUGGCCUUUUUCUCGGGCGGCAUGUUUGUCCCCUUCAACUUCCUUGUGCUCGAGGCUCAGUACCGCGGCAUGGGCUCCGACUUGGCCAACUACCAGAUCGCCAUUCUCAAUGGUGUCAGCAUCUUCGGCCGCAUCAUCCCCGGCUGGCUGGGCGACAAGGUAGGCCGGUUCAACGUCAUGAUCGUCACGACGGCGCUGUCUGCGGUGGCGGUGCUGGCGCUGUGGAUCCCCGCCCCGACGAACAGCACGGCGGCCACGGUCGUUUUCGCGUCCGUCUUCGGCUUCACGUCGGGCACGUUUGUCGGCAUGACGCCCGCGCUCGUGCUGCAGAUGUCGCCCGAGGUGCGUGAGAUGGGUAUCCGCCUCGGUACCACGUUUGGCGUCAUCAGCAUCGCCGCCCUGACCAGCAACCCCAUUGCCGGUGGCCUCGUCAGCAGGGACGACGGCGGCUACCUGUACCUCAAGAUCUUUGCUGGGCUGGCUCUGGGGGUAGGUUCGGCCUUGAUUCUGCUCAGCAGGUGCGUCCAGGCCGGGUGGAACUGGAAGCGCAUAUAA